AUGCGCUCGCCCAUCUCAUCGCAGUUUCUGGCGGCGGCCGCUACCGUCCUUUCGGCUAGCCAGGCGCUCGCCGCGUCCACGCCUCGCAGCAGCGACGCCGACGACACGCCCCUCCCAGUCAUCAUCUGGCACGGCCUUGGCGACAGCUUCAACGGCGAGGGCAUCCAGCGCGUCGGCGCCCUCGCCGAGGCCAUCCAUCCUGGCACGUUCGUCUACUCCAUCUCGCUCGCCGGUGAGGACUCGAGCGGCGACCGCUCCGCCACCUUCUUCGGCAACGUGACGCAGCAGCUCGACACCGUCUGCGCCCUGCUCGCCGCGCACCCUAUCCUGUCCACGGCGCCCGCCGUCGACGCCAUCGGCUUCUCCCAGGGGGGUCAGUUCCUCCGCGGCUACGUCGAGCGCUGCAAUGCGCCUCCCAUCCGCAACCUUGUCACAUUUGGAAGCCAGCACAACGGCAUCGUCGAGUUCAAGGCCUGCGGCACCUCGGACUGGCUGUGCAAGGGUGCUAUGGCCCUUCUGCGCUUCAACACCUGGAGCAGCUUCGUCCAGAACCGCCUCGUUCCCGCCCAGUACUACCGCGACCCCGCGAGCCCAGCCUACGACACGUACCUCGACGCCUCCAACUUCCUCGCCGACAUCAACAACGAGCGCCUGCUCAAGAACGAGACGUAUAAGAAGAACAUUGCUAGCCUCGAGAACCUCGUCAUGUACAUGUUCGAGGAUGACACCACCGUCAUUCCCCGCCGCACCGCCUGGUUCGACGAGGUCAACGGCACCGACGUCACGCCGCUCCGCGAGCGGCGCAUGUACAAGGAGGACUGGCUCGGCCUGCGCGAGCUCGACAGCAAGGGCGGCAUCCACUUCCGCUCCAUCACGGGCGAGCACAUGCAGAUCCCAGACCAGGUCCUCAACGACACCAUGGUCGAGUUCUUUGGUCCGGUCAAGUCCAAGGCAAAGGGCAUCUUUGAGUCUGAUGAGCUAUGA